AUCGAAAGAUAGGUUUAGCUAGAAAAAAGCUGGUGAAAUCAAAUCAACAACAGGAAGAAGAGAAGAAGAACAUAACAUACCUGGAGAUGUCGUUUCUGCUGGAUUGGUUCUACGACGUGCUGGCGUCGAUCGGGCUGUGGCAGAAGGAGGCCAAGAUCCUCUUCCUCGGCCUCGACAACGCCGGCAAAACCACCCUCUUCUACAUGCUCUCACAAGAGAAUCUGGCGGUGCACCAGCCGACGCAGCACCCGACGUCGGAGGAGCUGAGCAUCGGGCGGAUCAGGUUCAAGGCGUUCGACCUCGGCGGCCACCGGAUCGCUCGCCGCGUCUGGAGGGACUACUACGCCCAGGUUGAUGCAGUAGUUUACGUGGUGGACGCUGCCGACAGGUGCCGGUUCGCCGAGUCGAAGAUGGAGCUGGACGCCCUCCUGUCUGACGACGCGCUCGCUGGCGUGCCGUUCCUCGUCCUCGGGAACAAGAUAGACAUCCCGUACGCGGUGCCCGAGCAGGAGCUGUGCUACUACCUCGGGCUCACCGGCCUCACCACCGGCAAGGGCAAUGUCAACCUUGCAGGAACCGGAGUGCGGCCGGUCGAGGUCUUCAUGUGCAGCGUCGUCCGCCGGAUGGGCUACGGCGAUGGCUUCAGGUGGAUGUCACAGUACAUCAAGUAGAACAUGGUAGAGACUCAGAGCAUGUAUCUAUAUGCCUCUUGUAUCAAUUAAUCAAGACAUUUCAUAUGA